AAUGUAUACAGCAAAGUAAGGACCUGAUCUUGAAACAACUGGAGUGCCGUACAAAGAAGAGAGAAGAGUUCAAACACAGACAGAAAGCUGAACAAGGGAGUCUCCUCAGUAAAACUUUUCAUAAGGAAGAUGUUCAUGAUUUUCUUAAGGCGUACCGUGAGCUGUUGGAGAAGCAUCGGCAAGCACAGUGGGAGCUGGAGGAGGAGGAUGACUGCGAGAGCACAGAGGCUGUUGCAGAUCUCUACAAGGAGCUGUACUCUAAAGCUUCCCAUGCUUUAGCGGAGUUGGUUACGGAGCUGUUUCUUCGGACUCUGCCUGUUGUGACCGGCCUCUCUGUAAAGGAAUGUGAGCUUCUGAAAGAGGAAUGGCAGGAGAAUUUGGUUCCUCAGCUGGAGAAAUUGGAGACCCAUCACCAGAGGUGCUGGAAGCUUUUCCAGGAACAGCUAUUACAAGAAAAAGAACUAUGGAUAAAGGAAUAUGCUCUGUCUGCUGUGAUGCAAAAGCACCUGUCUGAGGAACAAGAGAAGAUAAUUCAAGGUGUCGUAAACAGACUAGGAUGCCUCAGUGAUGAAUCUGUUAACUAUAUAUUGCAAAAACACCGACUUCUGCUAUGUUCAGUACUCACAAGGUUAACCCUGCGAAGAGUUGGAAUGGCAGUCCUGGCCCGCAUGAGACUGUCCAGGAAAAAGAGCUUGCUUCAGGAACUGAGAGAGCAACAUACCUCGCAGAAGGGAUCUUCCCCCUGCCAGGAUGAGGACCAGUGGCAACUACAGAAGGCAGUGGAGUCCCACAUUCUGGAAGAGGAGGAGAAGCUUGAGGAAGAAACACAGCAAACCCAUUUAGAAUUUCACCAGCAGCUAGUCACAGAAAUUCAAGAAGCUCUUCAGUUUCUUCAGCAGCACAUGGAGCAGGUGAUUGGGCGGACCGUGCUGCAGCAUGCCCAGCAGGAAGCUGGAAAAAGAAGUUCAGAUGAUGGUCAGGACUUCAAGGAGAGACUGGUGGAAACUGCUGUAGAGAGUGUGUAUGUGACCAGCAAUAAUAUUAACAGACUGGUGCAAAACUACUAUCAGCAAUUAGGAGAAAUCACAGAAAGCUAUGAAGGGAAAAAGCUUCAACAAUUGAAAUCUUUACAAGCAGAAAGAGAUAAAAGGAACAAACUUAAGAAGAAACAAGAGAAUGAACUAGCAUUGAAAGAAAAACAGACUGAAGGCCUCCUGAACGUAUCAUCCACAGUCCAUCAAAGGGUGGUGCUGCAGCAGAAGAUUUUGGCUCAGUUUGAACUGCAGCAGCAAAUUCGUUUGGUGUCUCUGAAACAGAAGCUGCUGGGAUUGCAUCACCUAGAAACUGAGUUGGAGAAUCAACUAAAGGAAGCAGAGCAAGACUUUGUGAGUGAGUUGGCUGCACUGGCCCGCGUUCCAGUGGCUGUGAAGAAGCAGCCUUCCAAAAGGAGCAAGCCAGCAGGGGAAAAAGCAAAUUCAAAAAGAAAGACCUUUCAGUCACCAGAAUCAGCAGACAAAGAUGAUUCUCAUGAAAAUAUUCAAGAGCCCCCUGGACUGACUUCUGGCUUAUGCAGAGAGAGGUUACAGAGUCCACAUGACGGAGAGAAUGAACCAAGGAAAACCUCAAAGAUGCUAAAAAAAAGAGACAACAGGUAGUAAAAGCAUUUGUAUGAGCUGUGUGAACACAGA